AUGCCUUUCAGCGGGUUUCCCGCCAGUUACGCCGCUCCCGUGGAGCAGCCCCAAGUACCGCAGAGUCGCAUCGAACGCGAAGACCGCACCGCAUCACAAGCGUCCAGUGGCAGCAAAACCAAGCCACGUACGCUCUCUCUGGAGGAGAGUUUGUCGCGCACACGGACUUCGCCGGCCGCACCCUCGAACCAGCACCGGCAACAGCAAGCACGCCGCGUCGUCAACGACAUCAGCCGGCAACUCCGCAAGUCCCGCACACAGAUGCUGACGCAACAGCCCCAGUUCACCGCCUCGAACGGGUUUUCCUCGUCGAUCGACCCAGCGAUGCUGAAAAAGACCAUGACGGCGUAUCAAUGA